UUGUCUGCUCCGCAAGUGGAGACUAGUGCUCAUUUUGAUAUUGUUUUAGUGUAAUAUGUGUUAACUUAACCAGCUCAGUGAGCGCAAGUGAGCACACUUUGUAGGCUUAUGUUUGUCCCUGCAGUGUUCUUUUUACUUAUCUUGUUUGUAUUCCUCCGGUCAAUCCCUAUGAUGGUUUUCGGCAUGAGCAAGUACCACUGAUCCCAUUGACAAAAAGUGUAUUUAAAUCCCCCCCCCCCUUUUUUUUUGUUCCUCUUGGUAUUCGCUCCACUUUCUAUGUGUUCAUAUCGCUGUGUCCUAGUGUGACUGUGAUCGUGCGCGUUUGAUCACAUUCGGGGGCAAGGGGCUUCAACUGUGUCGUGUAUGUUUCGUGUGUUGAAUACCUGACGCCCACCUAAUCGCGUUGGAAGAAAAUCCACCUGCUGUUGACUCAAUGGAAGAUGAUGGCGAUGCGGACAUUUAUUCGGGCCUUGGCGAAUACUGUUCGGAAAGCACAUCCGACACCACCGAAUCGCACUUGGCGUCUGCUGCCGAAUUGGAUCUUUUGGACUCCUCCGUGCUACCAAAACAACCCUCGCCUUUAAAGAGCGAACGCCGGUCACAAGGCAGUGCUAGGAGCGCAGUGGAACGCGACAGCGCCACUGGCACUUAUUUCGACUUCGCCAGGUCAUCUUUUGUGAGUGAUGACUCUAAAGACACUCGAUCGGCUGUCCCUGCCGAGUUUAAAUCGUCGGACAUUUCUGUGCCACCAGGACAGCCUAACCCUGCACAGAAAGAUCACCUUACGAAGACUGUCGCUAGACCUCGUACACCAACAAGUUUGGUUGCGCAUGAUGUCAAGGCCAACGCUUCUGCAGCAUCAGCCGGUGCACUAAAGACCAUGGCUGCAUUGAAAAGAGAGAAUGAGAUGCUGAGGCACAAUAUUUCUAUCCUAUUCAAGACAGCAAAGCACCUUAUGGACUCAAAGGACAAAGAGAUUACAAACUUGAAACGAAGGUUAGACAACCUCGUGUUUAAGAGAAACCAAAGGCCUCAAAACUCGCCACGUGCCACAGCAAACGAAGGUUCACGACAGCAGCACAAUUCAUUCGCAACAACGAAUGCACGAAGCGCUCACGAUUAUCCUCCCCAACACUCCUGUGGGCAAAACCAGCCAUUACGAAACUCGCUGCUUGACACUGCUACCAUGAGAGAUGCACGUGAUCAAUAUCAGGCACAAAGUGAACCAUUACGCAAUUUGCCUAGAAUAUCUACCGCGCAAACCUCUCGUAACUCUCCCCUCCAAGAGCGCAGUCGUCAUCCGCAGCCUGUUAUGCCAACUAAAGCAAACGCUGACAUGUCAGAGGACUUGCAGCGGCUUUAUCAGUACAACAGUGUAAGGCCUGAGAACAGGACUGACUUCAGCCGGGUGCCUGCAUUGGCAGUCACACCAAAUAAAAAAGAAAGUGUUUCAAGAGGAGGAGUGGUCACUCCAACAAAGUCGGCAGCACAAAGGAAUGCAAGAAGGCUAGUCAAAAAUAGCAUUAAGAAUGUAAUCGGGUCCCCCUCAAAGCAACCAAGGAGGCUGGAAGCAUACAUUAAGACUGGUUCCUCACCACUGAAAAAGAGAAGAGCUUCUGAACGAACUGCAUUUGCUGAAAAGCUUGGCAGGGCAGCACAACACAACGAAAGAAGAGGUGCUUUCAGAUUAGAAACGCCACCGGAGCACUGGGAGUGGGAACCACAUGUCAAGGAGCCAAGGACGCCGCCCUACGCAGGCAGCAGAGUUUUUGACAGACCAUGCAGCCCACGUCAAGGCUGGCCUGAGGAGUCGGUUAAUAAUUAUCACGGUUCUCCCCAACUCAGAGAAAAAAACAUACAUAAGGGACCGCGAACACCACCUCAAGAGCAGACAAAAACAUGGGAUGUAGAAAUCCCUCGUACUCCACCCAAAGCAAGGAAAGUUGUUAAAGGACCACACACACCACCAGAGGAAUACCCAGUGGAGCGGACUGUCGAGAGAUCAGAGACCCCACCUCUGGAAGGUGAAGUAGUCACUGAAGGGAGACAAACUAAAGCUGAAAAUCAGCUAACAGCAAUGAAGUCUGAUGUUUCAAAGAUUUGUGGGCCAUCCAAAAACAUGGCACCUGUUGGCUUUCCUGGUGGUAGGUCACCGUCACCAUUCAAGGAGAUGACUGCUCUAUCAGGAAAACGAUCGGAAGAAGUCCGACAUAGGGAACAUUUGGGAAUGAAGCGCCGGAGAUCUCCGUGUGAACCUUCACGCAACAAACGAGUGCCUGGGAACAGCGCCACUGUAGACAAGCCUCUCAGGCAUAACUCUCCUGGGUGUGGUUCGCCAGUUGAAAGAAGGAGAUACUACAGUCCGAGGGAGUUUGGCAGCCUGCCCGCAAAGCGGCGUAGGUCUUGUUCGCGGUCGCUCUCACCUCCGCCACGGCCGCACUCUCCAAGGCAGCACUUGCAAGCUCACAGGAUGCCUGUGCAUGAUCGCCUUGGUGUGCAUGAUCGCCUUGGGGAUCAUUUCGAAAGGCACAGAAUUCCAAGCCAUCGUCACCGUAGCCCCGAGGAUAGAAAUGUGCAUCGCCGGUUGCGAGAGCGCUAUUCUCCCGUGCCUCGACGGCAUCAUAGAACAGAUAGGCGUUCACCGUCUCCACCUCGGCUUGGGAGGACAUCCCAAAGACAGCCAUCGCCUGAUAGAAGACCAAAGAGUCUUUUGGUCAGAGAUAAGGCCGCCAAAGAGAGCCCACUGCACAAGCAACCGGCUAAGAGGCCACUGAAAAGGAUAUCAACUGCACCUGGGAGUGAUGCAUUGGUGCAAGCGAAUGAGAACGCUGGUGGUGCAUGCCAGGAGCCGGAAGUCCCGAGAUCACUUGAUGAGAACACAGUUUCUUGUCCGCAGGAAAGUGAAGCGUCUAGGACAGCCAGUGUUGUUGACGUUAACAAAGAGACCAAAGAGCCAGCUGAAGUGACAGCUGUAUGUGAUUCUGGUGAUGGUUAACAAAAGGACGCUGACAUAUAGUUUUCUCAGCUAUCUUAAUGAAAAGAAAUUAUCUAGUUAAUGUAAAUUUGUGUAUUCUUUGAUGACGCCGGAACGUUGCUGGCUCACUUAAGGUUUGUGUGCAGUCCGAAGGCAUAGAGCUUUUCACAGUGUUUCAAGUAAGCCUUACUUCACGCGUAUUCGGUUUUAUAUCGCACGGUUUCCUUUAUUAUAGAGCCUUCUUACAAUGAUGUCUUCCAUCAUGCAAAAAGUGUAUAAAAAAUGUGCUCAAACAUGCUGUAAUGGAGCAGACAAAGUGAAAGCCGUAUGUGUAUGUAAAUAAAUAAAUUACUUAAUAAAGCGCAAUGUCAUCGCUUGAAUCUUGGUAGACCAGGCAGCACUGUGACACUCUGAACCUU